AUGCCAUUGUCGGCCAGCACCACCAACCUCCCUCUCAACCGAUCAACUUCACCCCGCAAUCAUCCCUCAGCAACUGCCGACGCCGGUGUGCUAUCCGAAUCACGUCUCGCCAACGUCGCCAACGGCGGGCCUGCCCCGAGCUCAAACGGCGCACAACCUACAGUCAAGACAGUCAACAAAGGAAGCGCACCCAAGCUAUCGCCCCAGCUUUCGGUCAGGUCGAUCAAGCAGGACUACGAGGAUCGCGAGAACUCGACCUAUCUGCGUCCACCUUCGUCCGCUUCCUCCCGGUCCUCAUCUCCCACAGCAUCAACUUCGCAUCAGAAAGGGGACGCACCGCACAGCUACGACGGUUUUGCUGCUACGAAGAGCAACUCCUACUUGCUUCCCGUGGAUCCAGAGGCUACUACGACACCUCCGCGCCCAAGAACCCUCAGCAACGGCUCCAACACUAGCUUCUCCAGGUCACCUUCGAUCCGGCUCGCGAGUGGUUCCUAUCCUUCCACGCUCAGGCCACCGGCGAAGAAGUCUUCGAACUCUUCGAUCCGAUCGCUCCCAGAGCCGCCUCCUCCUCCACCGACCCAGCAGGUCGAAAAGCCAUCGGUCGCUGCCAGCCGUGGGAACGACUCGAUCGAGACAGUAGUUGUCAUGGUUCCUUCCGUCGAAGACGCUUCCACGUCGACAUCGGCAUCGAGCCAGCCACCGUCAGAUUACGCACAGCAGCCGGCACACAACCACCAACACGGCGCUGACGCAGACGACGAGGAUGCAGCUCUGUACGAAGACAUGGACAGUGUCGGCGACCCCAGCGGCCCGACUGCCAAUGGCGCUUCGCUCUCCGCCACCUCCAACGUCGACGUUUCCAAGAUGUCGCUUGCCGAACGACGCGAGCAUUCGCGCAGACACUCUCGCGUGCACAGUCGCAAUCUGAGCGUCUUCUUCCCUCGACCGGGGACCGACGCCGAAGCCGAGGCGGAUCAGGCCAAGGUGCGCGACCACUUUGACCAAGGUGCCUCGACCUCGUACGCCAGCAGCGAAGAGCAACCGGGCGCACACCGCCGGAACAACAGCGGGAACCGGCCGCAGAUCACGGUCAGCACCGACACGGCUACGCUCUCGCCUCGAUCAGCCAGCUUUGCCGCUCUUACCGGAAACAACCAGGGGCAGCUCGGUGCCUCGCAUCCGCACGAUCUCGCUCCAAGUCCGACCAAGAGUCGACGCGGCCACCACCACCGUCACAGUGUGGCGAUGCUCGAUGCGGGACUCAGCCCGGUGACGAUGAAGCACAGUGGGCACGGAAUGGAGCGAUCGACUUCAUCGACGUCGUACACAUCGGAUCACUCGUAUGCGUCGCCGUCUGAGGUGCGGGAUCGGCACGAUUCGCACGAUCACGCACACACCCAUUCGCAUCGACGAUCGCUGCACGCGCGAACGGUCUCUGCGCUCGGCCACAUCCCUCAGACCUCGCGUCCGCUGCUUCUGUUUGGCAUCUCGCAUUUCGGGCUGGGCGCAGCGCUGUGGAUGGCGGGUCAAGAAGUCGAUUCUUUAUCCGCCACGGGUUUGGGGUACCUGGUGGUCUUUGAUGCCAUGGGUAUCUUGGGCAAUGCCGUGGCGGACUGGUUGGUGGAAUGGGAGCAGCACGCGUCCGAUCUCCGUCGACGCACACCCAAGUCCGACGGUACGGCGCUCAAGAGGCCGUAUGGAAUGCACCGCGUCUCGACGCUGUUGCAUUUCGUCCAGACGAUCUAUCUGCUCUUUGCGAGCGUGUACGUGUUGAAGGAGUCGGUGGAACAUGCGUUGUUGGAGGGCGAGGGAUCGGGGGCGAGUGGACACGACCAUUCGCAUGCGCAUGCAGAGAAGGUGGGCAUCGAGAUGCCGAAUUUGCUCCUGGCGCUGUCGUUGGCGGCGUGCGUGUUGAGCAACAUGGUUAUGGGUAACCAUGCCAAGUUGGUUGCUGCGUGCGGGAUCAGCACUUCCACCACCGGUCCACCUGGGGGUAGACACGGGAGGAGCGGAUCGGUGUUGAUGCGUCCCAGCCAGCUGGCAUCCCCGUUCCUGGCAUUGUUGGCCAACCCGUUCAGCUUGACCGUGCUAUUCUUCGCAUCAUCGUUGCUGUUCGCCGGAUUGACGAUGCACGGCAUCCAGAUCGCUGCACUGGACAAGGUGCUGGCGGGAUUGGAGAGCGUGGCGAUGUUCUACGUUGCGUAUCCCGCCUCUGUCGCUCUUGGUAAGGUGUUGUUGCAGACGGCACCGAGGGAUUCGCCACAUGUUCAGGCGCUUCAUCGCGCGCUCAAGGGCGUAGAGGCGAACCCGUUGGUGGCGUAUGUUCAUCCGCCAAACGUGUGGCAGCUCACCCCACCGACGACGGCGCAUAGCCAGCAGGAUGGCGUGCUGACAAGCAGCGCGAGGAGCCACGGGAGUAAGAACGCCGCGCUGGUGGUGGGCGUCACGGUGGUGCUGAGGGAAGGGGCGAAGGAUGAGGAUGUGUUGGAGAUGACGAGGUGGACGUGGGAGAGGUUGGCGGUGAGUGUGGGGGCGGGGAGGGGGUUGAGUGCGGGAGAGGGGUUGAGAGGGAGUGCGAGGGCGGCACUCCGCACCUACUCCAUCGAACACAUCUCGCAGGGCUUCAUCAUGUCCAACCUGCUCAGCGCAGAAAACCUCAACGGCCGAUUGCUGUUUGCCAUCCCGAAAAAGGGUCGGUUGUACGAAAAGUGUCUUGAGAUCCUCGCCGGUGCCGACAUCCAAUUCAAGCGUGCGCACCGACUCGAUGUAGCCCUCGUGCAAAACCUACCCAUUGCACUCGUCUUCCUCCCCGCUGCAGACAUCCCGCGCUUUGUCGGGGAGGGCAAUGUGGAUCUCGGCAUUACGGGACAGGAUAUGGUUGCGGAAGCUGGUGCUCGAGUAUCGAGUUUGAUCAGCGAGGAGUUGCAAUUGGGUUUUGGAAAGUGUUCGUUGUCGGUGCAGAUCCCCGAUCCGGCGUUGCCAGCGAACAAAGCCAAGGGGUUGACCAACGUCGAGGAUCUAGUGGGCAAAAAGGUUGCUACGAGCUUCGACUACUUGGCAGGCAAAUACUUUGAUGAGCUCGAUGCAAAGGUCAAUGCCACCCGUGGUGAAGGGGAGGAGAAGGUCAAGACGCAGAUCGAAUACGUCGGUGGGAGUGUCGAAGCAGCCUGCGCGUUGGGGUUGGCCGAUGGCAUCGUGGAUCUGGUCGAGAGCGGAGAGACGAUGCGCGCGUGCGGCCUCACCGCCUUGACCGACCUGCUGGUUAGCCAAGCCGUGUUGAUCAAGAGUUCGACCCCACACCCGAGAUCGGAUACGCAGUUGAUCGGUCUGAUCACGGCCAGGAUUCGAGGUGUCAUCGCAGCAAGCAAGUACGUACUCUGCCAGUACAAUGUUCAGAAGAAGGACCUGCCACAGGCACUCGAGAUCACCCCAGGGAGACGCGCGGCGACCGUCAGCCCCCUCGAGGAAAAAGACUGGAACGCCGUCAGUAGCAUGGUCAAGAAGGCCGAAGUGGCCACCAUCAUGGAUCGUCUCGAGGCCAUCGGCGCUAGCGAUAUCCUCAUUGUCGGCAUCAACAACUGCCGUGUUUAG